AAGGUUGUAUAUUAUAAACCUAAUAUAAACAAACGAAGGUUCAUUCGUAUAGAAGUCAGAGCUACAGCAACAUCAAACAAGUAAAUUACACCCUAUACAGAAGUUCCCGCAGAAACAUAUUACACAAGAACACAGAAGUUCUCUCAGCAACAUCACACGAAACAACCAAAGGACUUGGUAAGUUCUUUCAGCAACACCACCCUAUUUGAAAAAGUCUAAGCUGCAGCACACAAGAGGGUAAUCAAAGGGCCUCUUUGAAUCAUUAUGUAUCUUGCAAUUGCCAUACAACUCACCAUUAUCUGUAUCGUCCAAUCAAUUGCUCAACUUGACACCAAAGAUUGUAGUGGUUGUUGUAAUUCUGCAGCAGGGAUUCCUGGAAUUCCUGGCAACCAUGGUGCCCCUGGUCCGAUAGGCAUGAAAGGAGAUGCUGGAGUGAAAGGGGAAAAGGGAAGCCAAGGAUUAGAUGGAAGACAAGGGGUUCCUGGUCCAAAAGGCCUAAAAGGAGAUGUUGGACUGAAAGGAAACAAUGGAAAACAAGGAGUUCCUGGAAAAAUGGGACCAACUGGAUUGCCAGGAACUGGUGAGAAAGGGGAACGAGGGGAGAAAGGUGAACAAGCUACCACAAACAAUCAGCCAAAAUCUGCAUUCUCAGUUACUUUUGACACAAACCCAGGUCGUCUACCACUUAGUCCAAUAAAAUACCCAACAAUAAUUACCAACUUGGGGAGUCACUACAAUAAAGAAACAGGCAAGUUUGUCUGCCAACAUCCAGGUAUCUAUGUCUUCCAGUUUACAUCACUAUCAACUAGUGGUAAAACUAUUUCAACAAAAAUUGUGAAGAAUGGACAACUCAUUGUUUCUGCAUUCAGAGGUGGCCCAAACACCCAAUCUAUAGGCAACAUGGUUGUUCUUAAUUUACUAGCAGAGGAUGAAGUGUGGACUGAGCCCUUGACAACGUCAGAAAACCAUUACAACAGUAAUCAAUACAGGUUCUGUAGUUUUUCAGGCUUCCUACUUUAUGCAUCAUCCUAA